GUACGCGGGCGUGGCGCCGCCGCAGCCGCCCGCGCCGCCCGAGCGGCCCGCCGGCGAGCAGGACCUGCACGCGCGCCGCGUCUACGAGCAGUGGCUCAAGCAGUACAACGCGUUCGCCACCGAUCAGCAGCGCUACUACGAGGUCGAAGUCCAGAAGCUACGCAAAAUACGCAAGUCGCUGAAUAGCAAACAACGUCAACUACGAAAAUCGGGCAACGAAUUGAUGCCUAAUGACGCAGCGGAACUACAGCGAGUAUCCGCCGAGCAACAAGCAUUACAAAAGCACCUUGAAGCGGCCAGAAAACAAGCCAGGCAACACAGCAUGCUUAUUCAGGAAUAUGAAACUAAGCAUCGUCAGCAGAAUCCUCAGUUAGCCCAACAGACAAACAUCAAUCAACAACAAAUUACGACGAACCAAACGGUGUUUACUCCGAACCAAAACAUUGGCCAAACACAGCAGUUGCAACAACAAACAACUAUCAAUCGUCCGAUGCAGCUGGGCCUACAGGGCGCCAUACAGCAGCAGCAGACGCUCAUAAGGACUCAGCAGACGGUCCUCAGCACAGAUCAAUUAUCGCAGCAAAGAAUAGGGCUGGUCACAUCGCCACUCAAUACACAAGGACGGUUAUUGCAAGGCGGUCGUACUCUUGUGAUAGAGCAAGCGGGAGCACCUCAACAGCAGCUAGUGAGGCAACUUUCUGGACAGGAGAGAUCUCAGUCAGUUGGUGGAAUGGUACAAUUCGGACAACAGCAACUUGUAAGGAACCCAAUGCCGAGUGGCAGUCAGACGCCCCGGCCAACGGGAACGCGGCCUGCUAUGUCUCCACUGCACGUACAAUCUCCACAUUCCCAGUCGCCUCUACAUUCUUUAGCACCACAAUCACCGUUACAUCAUUUAACGUCUCCCAUGCAGUCUCCGCUGCACUCGCAGCAGUCUCCGUUGCAUCAUACAUCACAAUCGCCUUUGCAUCCGUCGACGCAGUCGCCACUCCAUACCCAACAGUCUCCACUACACUCACAACAGUCGCCGAUGCACGUGCAGCAGACAAAUCUACCCCAGCAAUCGCCGAUGCAUCCGCAGCAAUCGCCAAUGCAUCCCCAACAAUCACCGAUGCAUCCACAGCAGUCGCCGAUGCACCCGCAUCAAUCGCCGAUGCACCAACAGUCGCCGCUACAUCCGCAGCAACAGAUGUCUUCUCAACACUCGCCGAUGCAUCAGCAGAGUCCGAUGCAUUCGCAACAAUCGCCCAUGCAUGUGCAACAAUCGCCGAUGCAGUCGUCGAUGUCGCCACAAAAUUACUUGCAACAGUUGCAAGCGCAGAGAACUAGUCCACAGUUGCCGACGCCCAGUCGAAGCCCACAGAUUUACCAACAAUCGCAAAUUCAAAGCCCAGUUUCGUCGCAUUCACCGCAGUUACAAAAUUCUGAUUUCGCUGGAGGGAGAUUCCCUCGACCAGCGCCGGGAUGUUCUCCGCUCCCUACGCGGUUUGCUCGUCCCCCACAUCAUCAACAAGGUAUGAGAGUGGGCGUACCUUUCGGAAAUAGACAACAGACAUCACCUCUGGGUAGUCCACAACCAUUGCCCUCCCCAGGGAAUCCAAAUAGUGAAAUGGCGCGUCAACAAAUGCUUCAAAGACAACAAUACAGUCCGAUGGGCGGAGCACCGGCGUCGCCAUCCAUCUCGAGGUCCCCUCACGUGGCCCGCACGCCUACGCCUUCUGCGUCUCCCGCAGCGUCCCCAUCACCAGCUCUUGACCACGGAGGAGGUCUACAUUCGCAUCACGCUGCUCCCAUACCUCCCGGUUAUCGUUACUUUAAGCCAGGUCUCUACGGCGGUGGACCGCCUGGCGGGUUUAGCUAUUACAAGCCGGGUCUGCGCGGCGGUGCGCCCGUGUGGCCCAACCGUGACGACGAUAAUAGACGGACUACGCAUAUUAGUAAGGUAUCCAUCUUGAAACGUCGCACUCCGCCGCGACCCCGUUUCACGGGCAAGACACCAGCCCCAACAGCUGAUGAGGAUUCGAUGCCUGAAACGUCGGAUGCAAGAAAUUAUGUUCUAUUUGCAUCGGAUAAUGUAGAAUAUGCAUCCGCGAGUCAUGAUGAUAAUGAUGAGGAAGAGCUUGAGCACCUCGAUGAUGAUGAUAUAGUACUAGUUGAACCGGGAGCAGUGUCCCCCGAAGAACGUAUAGCAACUGAAGAAGAUUUUGAAGAGCUCAUUGACAGCGGUAAACCAGAAGACGAGUUGGACGAUGAAGCCACACCCGACCGUUCCUCGACGCGAACGGAAACUACUACAAAAACAGUGGCCGUAAUCAGCCUAUCUACCGGCAAGCAACAACAAUACAAAAUUGUGAAUCCAUCUUCAAGCGCUGCGCUAUCGCGUUUAGCUGUUUUGUCGCCGCAUUCAAACACAAAAAUUUUAAAUGAAGUUUCUCAAGCGACAGUAGCUUCGGUCUCGAUCGCUAAUCAAACAAUAUCGGUUCCCGUUUUGAAAAACCUUUCUGUGCCAAUCGGUGGCGCUGGUGCAAAACUCAAAUAAAGAAAAUGCCAAUAAAUAUCAACCCACCAUUGACAAUAAACGUAUCCACUCCUGCCUUUUCAAAACCCAUUAGUUCUGUGAUAAGUGUGAUAUCUAAUGUCCCUAAGGUUGCUAAUGUAAACCCGGUGAUAACGCUGGCUACGUCUAGUGCUGCCGCAGGACCUUCAAGGGUACCGGUGUCUAUUUUGACCCAGCAUCAAGUCAAACAGAAAAUAGUAAAGACAAUUGAGAAACCAAUGGCAUUGUCGCUUUCUAAUGCAAAACUAUCGAGUCUGUCAGUGACGCAUGAUGCCACGCUACCUGCAAAGAUAUUCCAAGAUGAUGCAGCAUCACCCGAUAGCACUAAUGCUGUGGAUAGCAGUUCAGAAAGAGAAUCUUUGUCGAAUUCAAUGAGUUCUGCAUCACAACAAUUAGUAAUGAACUCGCAAAUGGGCUCUCAGUCGCUACAAAUGGAUCAAAGAGGGAGCAGUUUAUUUAAAGAACCGAGUAAAGAUAUCGACAUUGAAUCGGAAAUAAGUCAACAAACCCGAGUUACCGCAUACAUUGUGUUUAACGGACCGUACACCGUUACUCUUAGGAAA